AUGGAAGACAGCUUGCCUUGUCUUGCUUCAGUGUGUGAUUCCUCAGCACUUAUGAACUUCUGCACUGAUGAUAGCAUCUCUGCUGCAAGCACAUCUGAUGUCCAGGACCGUCUUUCAGCUCUCGAACUGAGAGUUCAGCAACAAGAAGAUGAAAUCACUGUGCUGAAAGCAGCAUUGGCUGAUGUUUUGAGACGUCUUGCUAUCUCUGAAGACCACGUGGCCUCUGUGAGAAAGUCAGCACCAAGUAAAGGUCAACCAGGCCUCCGAGAAGCUAUCUCUAUGUCCUGUAUAACCAAUGGAAGUGCAGGAAGCAGAAAAACAAGCCAUAGUUCCUCUGUAUCAGUUGCCAGAAAAGAGACCCUCUCGUCUGCUGCUAAAAGCGGUACAGAAAAAAAGGAAAAACCUCAAGGACAGAGAGAAAAAAAAGAGGAAACUCAUUCUAAUGAUCAAAAUCCACAAAUUCGAGCAUCACCUUCUCCCCAGCCCUCCUUACAGACUCUCCAAACACACAGGCAAACUCAAGAAAGCAAGAGCUCUGCUCCAGCUAAAAGCAUAAAGCGAACUUCGACUACUGAAAAAUCACAUAGCAUGUGGGACAACUCAGAUGACAGUCGUAAUAAACUGUUGAGGGCAGCUUCAACAUCAAAACUGAUAUCAAAAGUGGCAAAAAAUGCAGAGAAACAUAAAGAUGUCAUUGUCAGCCAAGCAAAAAUGUCAACUCGUGAAAAAAACAGCCAAGAGGGAGAGUAUAUUAAGAUGUUCAUGCGAGGUCGACCAAUCACAAUGUUCAUUCCUUCUGAUGUAGAAAACUAUGAUGACAUUAGGACAGAACUGCCUCCUGAGAAGUUAAAACUGGAGUGGGUAUAUGGGUAUCGUGGAAGAGAUUGUCGAGCCAAUGUAUACCUCCUUCCUACUGGAGAAAUAGUAUACUUCAUAGCAUCAGUAGUUGUAUUAUUUAACUAUGAAGAGAGAACUCAGCGACACUACUUAGGUCAUACAGACUGUGUUAAAUGCCUUGCAGUUCAUCCAGACAAAAUUAGGAUUGCAACAGGACAGCUAGCUGGAGUGGAUAAAGAUGGAAGGUCUUUGCAGCCCCAUGUUAGAGUAUGGGACUCAGUGAGCCUGAUGACACUGCAGGUUAUUGGCCUCGGCACUUUCGAGCGUGGAGUGGGGUGUCUGGAUUUUUCAAAAGCAGAUUCAGGUUCUCAUUUGUGUGUGAUUGAUGACUCUAAUGAGCACAUGUUGACUGUAUGGGACUGGCAGAGGAAAUCAAAGGUAGCAGAGAUAAAGACUACAAAUGAAGUUGUGCUUGCUGUAGAAUUCCAUCCAACUGAUGCAAACACAAUCAUAACUUGUGGCAAAUCUCACAUCUUUUUUUGGACCUGGAGUGGCAAUUCACUAGCAAGAAAGCAAGGGAUUUUUGGGAAAUAUGAAAAACCCAAAUUUGUGCAGUGUUUGGCAUUUUUGGGGAAUGGAGAUGUGCUCACUGGAGACUCAGGUGGGAUAAUGCUUAUAUGGAGCAAAACUACAGUAGAAUCCACGCCAGGAAAAGGACCUAAAGGUGUAUAUCAAAUAAGUAGACAAAUCAAAGCUCACGAUGGCAGCGUGUUCACACUAUGUCAAAUGAGGAAUGGAAUGCUGCUAACUGGAGGUGGGAAAGACAGAAAAAUCAUUCUGUGGGAUCAUGAUCUGAACCCUGAAAGGGAAAUAGAGGUUCCUGAUCAGUACGGGACAAUCAGAGCAGUAGCAGAAGGAAAAGCAGAUCAGUUUUUAGUUGGCACUUCACGAAACUUUAUUUUGCGGGGAACAUUUAAUGAUGGUUUCCAAGUAGAGGUACAGGGUCAUACAGAUGAACUCUGGGGUCUGGCAACACAUCCCUUCAAAGAUUUGUUGUUAACAUGUGCUCAAGAUAGGCAAGUUUGUAUGUGGAACUCUGUGGACCACACACUAGAAUGGACCAGGCUGCUAGAUGAACCAGGACACUGUGCUGAUUUCCAUCCAAGUGGAACAGUGGUAGCAAUAGGAACACACUCAGGAAGGUGGUUUGUUUUGGAUGCAGAAACAAGAGACCUGGUUUCAAUACACACUGAUGGUAAUGAACAGCUUUCAGUGAUGCGCUACUCAGUAGAUGGCACGUUACUUGCAGUAGGAUCCCAUGACAACUUCAUUUACCUCUACAUAGUGACAGAAAAUGGAAGGAAGUAUAGCAGAUAUGGAAAGUGCACUGGACAUUCCAGCUAUAUUACACACCUUGACUGGUCCCCGGACAACAAGUAUAUAAUGUCAAACUCAGGAGACUAUGAAAUACUAUACUGGGACAUUCCAAGUGGCUGUAAACUUAUCAGGAAUCGUUCGGAUUGUAAGGAUAUAGAUUGGACGACGUACACUUGUGUGCUAGGGUUUCAAGUGUUUGGAGUAUGGCCUGAAGGAUCAGAUGGGACGGAUAUAAAUGCUCUUGUCAGAUCCCAUAAUCGAAAGGUGAUAGCAGUUGCUGAUGAUUUCUGUAAGGUUCAUCUCUUUCAGUAUCCCUGCUCCAAGCCAAAGGCCCCCAGUCACAAAUACAGUGCUCACAGCAGUCAUGUGACAAAUGUCAGCUUUACACAUAACGAUGGUCACUUGAUUUCAACUGGAGGGAAAGACAUGAGUAUUAUUCAGUGGAGACUUGUGGAGAAGAUAACUUUGCCACAAAAUGACAUUGUAGUAGAAAUUGGUACAACCAAAGCACCCAUCCCUGCCAAUGAAAGUGUGGUAGAGUCCCCUGCACCUCUUUCACAAUCAUUUGAUGAAAUGGCACAAAAUGAAAGCCUAACCGACAGCUCUCUCACAUGUUUGGAGAGCAAUUUGGAGCAGACUGUGGAGGCCAAUGAAGAGCAAAGUGAGGAGCAAAGUGAAGGGAGCAGUCUGGAUCCAGGUGAGCCAAGCUACGAAGAACCAUCUAAUGAAACAAGUGAGGAGCAAAGUGAAUCCACUGUUACUGAAGACCAGCAAGAUAAUUCACCAGUGUCUUAA